GGUUUCCGAGAAUCAUCGUCAGAUCAGAGAGAUUCUGAGAAAGGAAAAAGAAACAAAAAGGAAAGGAGAAAUCAGAUCUGAAGGAAGGAAGCAGAUAACAUGUCUGCGAUUGUUUGCGGCAGCAAGAGAUCUCUGUUCGAGGAUUUGUCCGCCGCUUCUUCUUCGCCUCCCGUCUCCAAGAAACUCCGCCGCUUUUCUUCCUCUUCUCCGCCUCGUUUUCCUUCCUCCUCCUCCCUCCUUCUCCAUCACCUCGCCGCCCUUUUCCCCGAAAUGGAUAAUCAAAUUCUUGAGCGGGCAAUCGAGGAAUGUGGAGAUGAUCUUGAUUCUGCGAUUAGAUCUUUGAAUCAGCUUCGUUUAGAAUCUGCUGAUAAAAAUUCAGAAGAGUCAAAAGUUCAAGGAGGAUCAGGGAAGGAGGAAGUCUUGAACUUGGAUGGCACCGAGUGGGUUGAGUUAUUUGUCAGGGAGAUGAUGAAUGCUUCUGACAUGAAAGACGCUAAAGACCGUGCUUCAAGAGCAUUACAAGCUUUGGAGAAGUCCAUCUACCCACGUGCUGGUUCCGACGCAGCCAUGCAGAGCAGUCUCCAACAGGAGAACUCGAUGCUGAGGCAGCAGUUGGAAGCUAUCGUCCAGGAGAACGGUUUGCUUAAAAGAGCCGUGGUGACGCAACAGAAGCGGCAGAGGGAAACCGAAGAUCAAAGCCAGGAGCUGCAGCGUUUGAGGCAGAUGGUUACUCAAUACCAGGAGCAGCUGAGGACUCUCGAGGUGAACAAUUACGCUCUAACGCUUCAUCUGAAGCAAGCACAGCAGAACAAUAGUUCCAUCGCUGGCAGGUACAAUCCAGACGUGUUCUAAUGUGCUUUGUUAGUCAGAGGAAAGCCUCGGACGUAUAUCUAAUUUGGUUUCAAGUGUUUAUUUUAUGUUUCUGCUUCUCUGUUGGUUUGUGACUAUUUAUUUAUUGUUAUAUGAAUGUCUGGAAUGAAUGGUGAAAUGGUUGUAGUUGGGGAACAACGAUGUCUCCGAAACAGUUUACUUGUAUUUUCUUAGAUAAGACUUUGAGACAUCGCUGAUUCUGUAAGGUCACAAGUGUAUUCCAGAGAAUAAAUAAAACACAUGUACUUUGAGACA